UCCAACUAACACGAAACACAUUUUCUUUCUUCCAAGACUCUGUGCAUACAUUUAUCCCAAGGGAACUUGGUUUUAUGUAUGGGAAAAGCCAGGAAAGACCUGAGACACAUUUCAUUGGUGCUCCAUUGUUACUGUGUUGCUAGGACACAUGGUAGAGUAAACAAAAGUGCUCUCAACUCAAGCAUGUUUUAGUUGAAGAAAAUGCUUGAUUGUUUUUGGAUAAUUCAGAAAUAAAUAAUUGUGCCUAUAUUUCAGUUAAUUGCUGUGACACACGCAGAUAGAUGCCUGGGAAGAUAAAGGAACCCCAAACCCUAAACCCCAAAGUCCUGCUAUGGGCAGAUGUAUGCCACAACGAUAUGAAGGAAAUUGACAACACCAAGUCUAUCCCUGAGCUGGAAAGAAUUUUAUGCCGCGUUCUGGGAGUGGACAUUCCUGAACCGAGGAGGGGGGUUCUGUUGGAGCUGUAUGUCCACACAGUGCUUUUCUGUAGAAAGAACAACUACAACAGGGAGCAGACUUCUGCCCUCCUGUCCAUAGUCAAGAGAAUGCAUCUGGCUAACACUGAAACCCCAAUCAACAACAUGGACCAUUGCUUCGCAUACUGCAGUGACCUUCUGCUCUGUCACUCUGUUAGAAGACCUCCGUUCAGUAUCUGCCUGUUCAGCUCUGAGGAAGUGACAGGCAUAUUGAAGCACCUACUCAACACCUAUUUCAGACAUUACAGUCAGUACAAGUACAUAUUCACCCCUCAGGUUAGAUUGGACCUGUCCUUUACCUACUCUGGCAUGCCAGAUGAAGACUCUGUCACUGAGGAUGUAGUAUCAGCAGCAAAUGGGGAGCGCAAGAAAGAAAAAGAGACAGAGACUGCAGAAGGAGAGCAGCCCAUUGAAGCAGUGGAACCACUUCCAGAGUUGGCCAAGACUGAUCCAUCGCCCAAGUCUGACCUGAGGACAAUCAUACAACAAGAAAUUAGAAAAGAGAUUAUGCACAUGAAAGGUCAACUGGAGCAACGACUGAAGGAAAGCACAGAUGAGUUAAAUAGUGUGCUGACUUCACUGGAGACCAGCUUCCACGGCAAAAAAUAA